AUGCAAAGUGAAAGAACUCCAAAACUCGAGGGAAAAGAGGAUUGUUCUGAAUCAAAACAGGCAGUUCACGAAAGAACUCGCGCGGUUGUGGAAGAUUUGAAGAGAAGAUUAGCUAACACACAAGGCAGCACGACAACUGUUACGCAAGAAGGGGAAGUGGACAAUUGGGAUAGUUUCGACUCUUCGUCAAGCCUUCUGGAUGACGAACACAUAUACGAGGAGAUAGACGAAUUGACAGAGGUGUUUGGUACAAAGACAGAUGAGGACCUAUUUUUGCACAGUAAAUUCAGUGCUGUGAGCAGAAGUAAAAGUACUCUUUGUACUGAAGAAGAGGUUUUGGUGAAAACUCCAGAUAUAACAACGGCUUCUAUUCACAAUCUCGCACAGAUUUCAAGUCACGAAGCUCAGGAAGCUGCCACGAGUGGAGAAGCAGCAAAGUUUGAGCGAAAAGUGCCAGAAGAAAGAAAAGAUGCAAAAGGCAAUAAAUUGAGACCAAUUAUUAAAGUUGAUAAAGCCGACGUAGCAACCGUAAAUAAAGAAAAGCAAUGCUCUAGUACGUCUCAUCCCGAUACAAAUGUAGAUACUUCUUCUGGAGACGAAGAAGACGGAAACUUUUGCUUUGUUAUUGGUUUUUGA